CGGGGGGAGCCAGCGCGUCUCUCCCAGAGAGCCUCGGCCGCCAGCGCCCGCUCCGUGUGCGCCCGCCCGGCCGUGGGGGAUCGGGGCAGACCGUCCUGCCCGGGGGGCGCAGACCGGACCCCCCGGCCUGAGCACGGGGGCGGGGGGCCGAUCCCGGACGGACCAUGUGGCCUGUCUCCUGCCUGCUGCUGGCAGCGCUGGUGGGCGCGACACUUGCACAGGAGCUGGAAGAACCUGAUACCUACACGGAAUGCACAGACGGAUACCAGUGGGACUCAGACACACAGCACUGCAAAGACGUGAACGAGUGUGAGACCAUCCCCGAGGCCUGCAAGGGGGAGAUGAAAUGCAUCAAUCACUAUGGAGGGUACCUGUGUCUGCCACGCUCAGCCUCCGUCAUCAAUGACGUGCACUCGGAGAACGCUGCGCCCCCCAGUGCCCCUCGACCCCGGCCUCCCCGCCCCUCACUCACCGCCUCCCGCCACAACGCCUGCCCCCAGGGCUACGAGCCUGAUGGGCAUGGGUCCUGCCUGGACGUGGACGAGUGCGAGUACGAGCUGCAUGACUGCCAGCCCAGCCAGGAGUGCAUCAACACGGCCGGCGCCUUCCACUGCAAGUGCCCUGAUGGCUACCGCAAGAUUGGCUCCGAGUGUGUGGACAUCGACGAGUGCCGGUACCGGUACUGCCAGCAUCGCUGCGUCAACUCCCCAGGCUCCUUCUCCUGCCAGUGUGAGCCAGGCUUCCAGCUGGCCAGCAACAACCGCUCCUGUGUGGAUGUGAAUGAGUGUGAGAUGGGGGCACCGUGUGGGCAGCGCUGUUUCAACACCUAUGGCACCUUCAUCUGCCGCUGCAACCAGGGCUAUGAGCUUGACCGCGAUGGGUUCACCUGCAAGGAUAUCGAUGAGUGCAGCUACUCCAGCUACCUGUGCCAGUUCCAGUGCAUCAAUGAGCCAGGGAGAUUCUCCUGCGACUGCCCCCAGGGCUACCAGCUCCUGGGCACCCGCCUCUGCCAAGGUACCAAUGCUUCCCAGCACUGGGAGGGGCUUCCACCACAGAGCUACUUCCUCCCCAUGACACUCCACCCACCCCAGCUGGCCCCAGCUCUGAGCAGCCCCUGCUGCCCUAAAGAAAUCCCAGAAGCCCUGCAAGAGUCAUUGAAAGGGGGUGGCUUCGCAUAGCAGGGGGCUAUAGGU